CAGAGCCAAUAUAUUACUCAAAUUAAAAUAUUCGAAAGCUAGCUCCUCCAUAUAGCAACAUUAAUUAAUCAUGGAAAUGAUCACAAGGAUAGUGAGUGAUAAAGCUGUGGUGAUAUUCAGCAAGAGCACAUGUUGUGUGAGCCACUCAAUCAUGUCACUGAUUAGAAGCUUUGGAGCAAAUCCAAUUGUUUAUGAACUUGAUGUGAUAACAAAUGGACCACAGAUUGAAAGGGCUCUGCUUCAAUUGUGUCAACCAAGUGUGCCAGCUGUGUUUAUUGGUCAACAAUUCAUUGGUGAUUCUAAAAAAAUCAUAUCCCUCCAUUUGAGGAAUGAGUUAGUUCCAAUGCUCAUGAAUGCAAGAGCUAUAUGGAUUUGAAGCUAGCUUAUAUAGUUCAAGAAGUCUUUUCAUUUGAAGUCUAGCUAGCUUCUUUAUAUCUAGUAAUAAAUAAUAACAUAGUCAAUAUAUUUUUUUUUUUUUUUUUGGAUGGAGUCUAAUAGAGAAAUUCAUCCCAAUACAACAUAUUUAAAUCUUCCUUCCAAUACAACAUAUAACUCUAUUACAAGAUAGAAA